UAGUCUUUUGUAGAUAUCAAGUUAUGGACAAAAUAGUUAUAAGUGUGAGCUCCAAUGAGAUACAAAUAUGUGAAAGGAUUGGGUAUGGCAGCUAUGGUGUUGUCCAUAAAGCAUUGUGGCAGACUGAAUUGGAAGUUAUAACAAUUGCUCUGAAAAUAAUUGAAGACAAAAGUCAAGAUUCAGAAACAGAGAAGAUUCGUUUCGAAAAGAAUAUUCUCCGAGAAAUAGAGAAUUUACAAAAAUGUACUCAUCCGAAUAUUAUCACAUUGUACGGAGUCUCCAAAUACAGUGAUAACAUUUGUUUACUGUUCGAGUAUGCGGAUUGUGGAUCACUCUACAAAUUCUUGCACCGCACGAAAAGGGAAGUUUCGAUGGACGAGAGGAUUGAUUGGAUGCUGCAAUGUGCCAAGGGUAUAGAGUACUUGCAUAAACAAAGCAUAGUUCACCGGGAUCUUAAGACGCAAAACUUGUUACUUUUCAAUGGAUAUCGCACGUUGAAAAUAUGCGAUUUUGGUACAGUUAAAGAACUUGUGACAAUAAAUACCGAGGUAAUCGGGACUGUUUGUUACAUGGCACCAGAAGUUUGUAAUUUCAAUGGAAAAUACACUGAAAAGUGUGAUGUGUUUAGCUUUGCAAUCAUAUUUUGGGAAGUUAUGUCAAGGAAGAAGCCAUUUUACGAAUUUAAUAAUUUGCAUGCAUUGGCAAUCCAAAAAAAAAUAAUUGAAGAUAAGCGUCCGAAUUUAAAUGACAUUAUUUACAAGAAUUGUGAUUGGGUUAAACCAAUAAUAAAAAAAUGCUGGGAUCAUGAUCCAAAAAAGCGGGCAACGAUGAAAGAGCUGUGUGAUUUUCUCCCGAAUUAUGACAUAUACAUAUUUUUUAACGAGAUCCAAUUUGGGAAUGUAAUGCAGCUUAGAGGAUAUAUUGAUUUUUUCACAGCAAAUUGGAAAAACAAAAAAAUUGUUGUACACAAAAUUAAAGACUAUUUUGAGGAAGACGAAAAAUCUUUCUUCAAAGAAAUUCGUAAUUUGAAAAGGUUGAACCAUCCAAAUAUUAUUACAUUAUAUGGUGCCUCCAAGCAUCCCGACAAUCGCUUAUGCGUAUUUUCUGAGUUUGCAGAUUGUGAUUCACUUUAUGAUUGUAUACAUGAUGACGAUAUCAAGAUUUCAUACUAUCAGAUACUGCGUUGGAUGUUGCAAUGUGCCAAGGCUUUGAAGUACUUGCAUAGCAAAAAAAUAGUCCAUCGAUCUCUAAGUUCCCGCAAUUUAUUACUAUUCGAUAAGUAUCGUGUAUUAAAAAUAAGUAAUAUUUUUCAAGUGAAGAAAUUUCGUAUUGUGCGAGAUCCCUAUUUGGCUCCAGAAUACUGGGCUACUAAUCAAAAAUGUACAAAAAAGUGUAAUAUAUUUAGCUUUGCCAUUAUUUUUUUGGAAGUAAUGACGAGGAAAAAGCCGUUUGAACUAUAUAGACUUAUGGAGAUAUUUUCAGUCGCACAUAGUCUAAAUAAUGAUGAUCUUUUAGAUUUGAUUCACAUGGAAAUAAACGAGUCAGAUCGUAUAAUGCAAAUAAUAAAAAAGUGCUUAAAUCGAAAUCCAGAAAAUAGACCAACUAUGAAACGAAUUGUGUCUUUUCUCGGAUGCGAUUAUAGGCUUUGCAUUAAUGUGGACCAUGCUGACUUGGGAUUCACGACAUUUACUGACUCUACCUGUGAGACGCUUUGCACAGCAUUGUGGAGACGUUCGGAAUCUAAUGGUUUAGUAAAACAUGAUUUUGAUACUGAUUUAAUAACGACAAAGGUGGCACUAAAAGAAAUUGACUGCAAUAAGAAAAUGAUAUGGGAAAUUAUAAGAGAAGUCCCCAAGAUUUUAGGUCUAGCUCAUAAGAAUAUUGCCACAUUAUUCGGAGUUUCUUUAAAUGAUUCAAAUAAUAUUUGCAUGGUUGUCGAGUAUGCAAAAUGUAGAACACUCUACCAUUUGCUGCAUUGUCGUAAGUAUAAAAGGAUCUUAUUCCGGGAGAAGCUGAAUUGGAUGCAGCAAUGUGCCAAGGGUUUGGAGUACUUGCAUGGAAAAAACAUAAUCCAUCGGAGUCUUACAACUCGAAGCUUGUUACUUUUCGAUAAUUGUCGUAAAUUAAAAAUAGCUGAUUUCGGAAAAAUGAAUGAAGUUGAAAUAAUUAGAACUGAUUUCAUGUGUUGCUACUUGGCUCCAGAAGUUUGCAUGGAAAAAAAAAACUUUACAGAAAAUUCGGAUGUUUUUAGCUUCGGUAUAAUUUUUUGGGAAGUGAUCCAACGAGAGAAGCCAUUUUCCGACAGGGAUUUGCAUGACAUCAGUGAACAUAUAAAAAGAGGUAUUCGACCGGAUAUUUAUAAUUUGAUCAAAGACGAUUAUAGUGGUAUAGUACCGAUAAUGGAAUGUUGUUGGCGCCAAUCCUCAACAGAUCGUCCAACGAUGAGUGAAGUGCGUCGCGAUUUAAAUUAUUCAAUUAAGCGCUAUGACCGUCAAUCAAAUUGCUGCAUAAGUUAGAACGAAAUUAAAAUAAAGCAAUAACAAAUUAUUAUUAUUAUUCUUGUAUAAUACAGAAUAAUACAGAUUAUGUUG